CCAUCUUUCGUAUCAAUACACACACACACACACACACACACACGCUAAUAACACCUUUAUUUUCACACACUUCACCAAAAAAAUGGCACCAAAGGCAGAGAAAAAGCCAGCAGAGAAGAAGCCAGCGGCUGAGAAAGCCCCAAAACCAAAGGCGGAGAAGAAGAUCCCCGCAAAAGACGCAUCAUCAACCGACAAGAAGAAGAAGAGGCACAAGAAGAGUGUAGAGACAUACAAGAUAUAUAUAUUCAAGGUGUUGAAACAGGUGCAUCCAGAUAUCGGAAUCUCAAGCAAGGCUAUGGGAAUCAUGAAUUCGUUCAUCAAUGAUAUCUUUGAGAAACUGGCUCAGGAAGCUUCCAGAUUGGGCAGGUAUAACAAGAAGCAUACUCUUUCUUCAAGGGAGAUCCAGACUGCUGUCAGAUUGGUCUUGCCUGGUGAACUUGCCAAACACGCCGUUAGUGAGGGGACCAAGGCGGUUACUAAGUUUACUAGCGGUUAAUUAGGGUUUGUGUGAAUUUGGGGAUCUGGAAAGUUAGGUUGUGUUUGGAUGUUGGUACUUUUAUUGUAAUUGAGUUUUAAUUUCGAAUCAAAUGGAAUGAAAUUAGGUUUUGUUUCGUAAA